CGAAGGGUUUAUCAACAUAUACUCUUAAGGAUAUGAGAGAUUGAGCUCGCCAAUCUCUGUUCUAAUGGCGACUCUAAAGGCCAAAAAUUGUCUCGUUUCAAAUUCAAACCUUCGUCUGAACAACGGCAAUGGAACGAAACCCAAGACUAGGAUCGAAUCGUCUCCCAAGAAAAUGUCUGGCCACUGGGAUUUUCUGGAUGAGAUUGAGGCCCCAAUGUGGGUGGAUCUCUCUUUGGAAUCCAAGUAUGCAGAUACGGAUAAAGAUGAUGAGUGGUUUUACACAAGCCAUUUGUUCCAUCAAUCUUCUUCCACGGAAUUGAAGGCUGCAUUUUCUUGCAUUGGAGAGAUGACUGGGGAUAUGCCACAACCGUCUCCCCCAAAUCUCCCGCCCUCGGUAUCAAGAUCAAGGGGUAAAGAUUACAGAAACAAGGAGUGGGUGAAGGGAAAUCAGAAGAUAACUUUGGACAAGAAACAUCCAAUUACGAACUUAAGCAGUAAUUCAAGCGGCACUAGUGAUUUCUUGUCAGCUCUGGGGAUGAAUAGGUGUGCAACAAGACUGGGAGCAAGGGCGGCUGUUUAUAGUUACAGCCAAUCUGAUGGUUGGAAAUCUGUUUCAUGCAAAUCAAGCACGAGAUCUUCAAAUCCUCACAAGGAGAAUAGAAACCUGUCAACGGGUCAUCAGCAUACCAACAUAACUCAACAAAACCCUUUACUUCCUAAAAGAUGCAACACAAGCGUGCUUCCAGAUGUGGGUUCAAAGUCUAAAGAGAGCAAAGGAAGCACAUUUAAAAGACCUGUGACCAGUGGUAAAGAGAAUGCACCGAGGGCAAUGUAUAAGAAUCAGGAUUUAAGCAUCAAAGAGAGGGCAGGAGCUACAGUUAGAAUGCAAGCUCCUAAAUUUUUGAAGGAAAGAGUCCAGGGAACUAGUGCCAGAACAAUACUGACUGAUUCAAAGGUAACACUAGAUAAGAAAAGAGAAGUGAAUAGUUCUUAUAAUAUCGGUAAGAAGGUCUUCUUGAGAUGAGAAUGAUCCGUGUGGAUUGUUACCUGCAAUCUAGGUAAGGCACAAUAAAGAAGAUGAAUAAGGACACUUCUUCAUGGUUCGGGUACUAAAGAGCCCAUGUCCGGUUUUGUUCACUUUAGGGCAUUAAGGGCACUGGCCUUCAUGGCAUCCCCUUAACAUGGAGCCAACAGUAAUUCAUCAUUUGAUGACUCCUCUUGUGAAUAUAUGGUGUAAAGUGACAAGGAAUGAAUAUAUUGUCGUGCU